GUGUUUGUAUAAAUAUGAAAGUGGAAAGGCGCCACAGCAAAAAGCAGCUCUCACUUCCACUUAACUUGUCUCUUAUUGUCACACACCUAAUUUCUACUGAUAUUAAAUAUAUAGUAUAGUGGCCUUUUCCAUUCUCUGCCUCUACAAUUACAGGCUGAUCCACUACACAUCGACCAUGAAUAUCUCUGAUGAGGUCUUCUACAGCAGUGACCAAGAGAACAUUGUCUUUUCUAUAUUUUACAUCCUGAUUUUCAUUGUUGCUGUGCCCGGGAACACUUUGGCUCUGUGGGCCUUCUUUCACCAGGACAACACGUCUCCAUCAACAGUUUUCCUGAGGCACCUUUCUGUGGCAGACAUUUCUUAUAUCCUCAUUUUACCCAUGCGUAUAGUUUACCACCUGUCUGACAGCCACUGGCCCUUUGGACAUGUCCUCUGUGAACUAUCCGGCUUCCUCUUUUACCUAAACAUGUACUGUAGCCUCUACUUGAUGAGCCUGAUCAGCCUGGACAGAUUUCUAGCUGUGGUUUUACCUAUAAAAUCACUGUCAGUUAGGAAGGCUAAGUACGCAAAGGUAGCCGUUGGUAUUCUGUGGGUGACAGUUAUUGUGUCCAUGAGUCCGACACUUUUUUCCAUUGUGAAUGUGACCAGCAGUUCAUCUGGCAUCUGCAAGAAGCUGUAUUUAGAAAACACAUCACCUAAGGCUUUGGUUUCAACUGUUGUGGCAUUUGUUAUUCCCCUCACCACUGUUGUGGUUUCCUACAUACUGAUUCUGUUGAAACUGAGAACACUCAAACAACAAAGGGAACGGCCAGUGAAAGAUAAAGCCAUGAGAAUGAUCAUUCUCGUUGUGAUGAACUUCCUUUUUGCAUUUGUACCCUACCAUGUGAGCCGCGUGAUCUAUAUUGAAGUUCACAGUCACGGCAGUCUGACUGCAGCAAGCCGCCAGUCACUGGGAAGAGCCAAUCAGAUAACAUCUGCGCUCACCUGUGUCAGUGGAGUGCUGGACCCUGUCAUGUACUUCUUCCUGAACCAAGCAUACAGGAAGAAAUUGCUCCAGCUAUUCUGUAAAAAUAAAGAGAUGACGAAUGAGCAACACUCAUCAUGAAGACAAUAAAUAUUUUCAAACAAA